AUGUCAACCUUGAACUUCCCCCGACCCAAGCGCCAAUCGCUUGGAUCCCGAUACAGGCCCCUUUCACAGACCUCCCAGUUUCUUCUUCAUAAGCUAGGUGGCUCUUCAAGGCCACUUCCCCAAGGCUAUGCUAAUCCAUCACCUCGUAUCGGAACCGUCGAUGAGGACUGUAUCCUGUACAACGGACUUUCCGACCCGAUGGAAGUCGACUAUUCGCGUGACAGACACUCGAUUGACAGCACCAGAAACAACUAUUCAAAGCGCGGCUCGCUAUAUAUGGCGAACUCUGAUAUCGACACCCAGUCCAUCAGCAGCAAGGGAUCAAUCACAAGUGAUAUGUCUGUCGAAAGUAACAGUGAGGCUGAACUCCCAGUGUGCUUGACUCCGGGAAGGCUUUCGCUCGUGCCGCAUCCCUCUAAUGUUCAUAUGGGGAUCCAGGAUCUCAUGCAAGGAGUGAACCGGAACUGCGACAGUUACAUCGAAGACAGUGGUAUCAAUAUCGCACCUGCUCCUUUAAGGCCUAGGAAGCGUCAGAAUAACAAGAAGUGUUCCCACGACAAGACCAAUCGCGCCUUGAACCAAGCUGAAACGCAUUUCGACUAUUCCGAUACCGAUGCCCAUGCCCAUGAUAGGCGCGCGCAAUCGACCGUCGAAUACGAAAUCGAACAGCAUCUAGCCCAGCUGGAGCAUCAAACCGCGGAGCUCAGGGAGAUUUUGACUGCCUGCGAAGCCAAACUCUCGCAAAUGACCCAACAGCUCGCACAGUCAACACCAGAGAAGCGAGCUGUGUCCUUCGAACCGAAGGCUGCUGAAUAUAGAGCGCUCCUAGUCCAAGAUAGUCAGUUUCCGUUGGUUGGUUAUAGAAACGAAAGCCGUCGUCAUGGAGAGCCUUAUAUGGAUUUUUUGCAUGUCGACUUUGCGAAUGCUGAGCAGGUCAAUCUCCUGUCCCAUUUGAAUACUGCGGGAACGAUGGCGCAGCGGCGCAGGGGUCGAUUACCGCGAGCUUGGGCUGUCUGA